GCGUUGUACCGAGUGUUUGUGAGGUUACGUCGCUUCGCGCGCCCGACCGUCUACCGCAUUUAGAACUGACCCGUGAACAUACACAAAUACCACACACCUGUGAACAAAAACUCUACAGUGCUCCCCUUACAGUGAACUGAACAAACUGUGUGUCAAAGUGUCCAAAGAAAACAAUCUUUCUAACCAUCUCCGUAAGCCGAACCUCGUUGCAUAUCGGCGUUUCUGAAAGGAAGAUUAUUUUAACGGUACGUCAACAUUGUAUCAGGAUUAGCAAGUGUUGCCAGAUAGUGUUGUGUACAUUCAGGUAAAGGAGGCGCAUAAUGGACAGCGGAGACGAAGCAAAGUGAAGUGUUAGUGUUGUGAAACGGUUAUAACGUUAGUGUAUGGUUCAGCUAUGAUGUGAGACGGUUCUGGUGGUUUCCGAAAUGCCGUCAGACAGUGGCUCGGCGUGGUCGCCGCCGGCUUCCAACAGUGAGAGGAGAUUGAGCAACUCUUCCGAUGGCAGCGCCUGCAGCGGAUAUUCUAAAACUACCACAGACAGCGCAGACUUCCUGGCGACUCGUGCGCAUACGGCCGCAGUCAUCCCGGGCAAGCCGGCCGCCAAUCCUCUCCAGUUCGUCCGGGUCGGGCCCGCAGACCUCGGCAGCAGGGCCCGUGAGCAGCUCCGCAGGGCAGAGCUAGCCAAACGCACAGAACCUAAGAUCGAGAUACAGGAGGACUGGCAGUCGAACCUGGACAACUGGAAGUCGUCAAGACGGAAGCGCGUAGAGCACAUCAUCGAGCGGUGCGUGGAGGUGCGACGGAUGGAGAACGAGCCCACGCAGCCCAGAGCCAAAUCCAAGACCUUCAACGAAAUGCUGGAGGAAAGAGCUGGCCGUAGAAGGAAGAACCACCUGCCUCUAUACACAGACGACGAUGGCCACGACCUGAGCGACCUGGGGAUCGGCACCUCCAGCACUAAGAGCAGCCUGAGCGAGGACUGCGACACGCACAGCUUGGCCAGCGACGGUAUCGACCUGGAUAAGAACCAUUCAGACGUCGACAACCUUUCCAACUGCGACAACAAUCGCAAGCUUGGCUCGAGCGCCAAUGAAUACGACACCUGCACCACGACCACUAUAAGCUCCCCAGAACCAGAGGAGUACACGUACGAGGGAGCCAUCGAAGGUUACAAAUCCAGGAUUAUAUCACAAACUAACAGCAGCAUCGUCAAAACCGUUGUCAACAACAACUUCAAAGAAAAGUCCCCUGACAAAGUCAACGGCGACUUAAACCGAAUCAGAACUAACGUAAGCAACAAGAUUGAGGAAAAACUCUCAUCUUUCCAACAGGAAAGAUCUAAUGACGUAAAAAACAACAAUCAGAAGAAGGACUUACCAAAAGUCGAUAUACAUAAAAGAAGAGAACAAUUUGAGAGAGAGAAUUCGCAAGAGUCACAAAUUAACAAACCAAAACUACCUGAUAUUGCUAACAAAAAGUCAAUUAAAGAAAGACUGUCUAGUUUAGAAAAGUUCACGGAAGAAACACACGUACAGAAGUCUACGAGUGACCUGACAAAGUUACCUACUGAAGUGAAACCCCUAAAAGAGCGUCUCUCGUCACUUGAGAAAGUUAAAUCUGCUUCGGUUGAACCCGAUAGAGCAAAAAGGCUUUCAAAUGGCGAUCUUAGUAACGCCAAAUCUUUGAGAGAACGUCUUUCCAGCCUUAAGUCUCAAACAUCUGAAGAAGAGGUUAAAGUAACGAAAACUGAAGUCAAAGAAGUUUCAAUGAGCUUGAAAGAAAGAUUAUCUUGUCUUGACGCAGCUAAAAACAAAGAUAUUCCCAAAAUCUCUGUAGAAGAAGAACUUUCACAUAAAGAUAAGGUUGAAACCAAAGCAGAUAUUGAUUCUCAGGUCAAAAUGUCAGACAGCUCAUUGAAGAACAGUUUGUCUGGCAUAGAAAGCCAAAUGCAGAGUUUUUGUCGUUCCUUGGAUAGUUUGGAUAUUAACGGACAGUCUUCUCCAAAUUCCUUUGAAAGAGUUCAAAGUUUGGAGGACUUUGAUUGCGCUGAAAUGCAGAAUAAUACAGUUCCAAGUGAUAUCGAAACUGAAGACAGUGGUAUACAUACUGCAAGAGAUUCCUGCGUGCCACCUGAUGACAUUGCAGACUUGACUCAAGUAGCUUCUCCUAUAGGAGAACCUAUGGUUGAAGUUUCAGAAUAUGAGUCGUCCAAUGAGGACAGUGGAAUGCCCUUAGAGCCUACUAAGCUUGAAGAGCCAAUGGAACAGAAAGUUCCCGAAACUAUACAAACUAUAAUUCAGGAUAUCAUUAUUGAGGAAAUUGAGGAGCAAGACAGCAAAGCUGAGGAUACUGACAGUGGAAGUAACUACAUUCAAGCUGUCUCACAGCCAGAAGAACUGAGUGUCACCGAAGAAGUAACCGAAAUACAGCUGGACAAAGAAGACGAAGAUACUCUUAAGAGUUUGGACAAUCAAGACACUAGUGUAAGUUUGAAUGAGCCUGUCUCGACUGCAUCGGAAGGCGACACGGUGGUGUUUGAGGGGAAAAUGACUAUACACUUAAACUUGAAUGAAAUUUGCAACAAUAUGAAAGCUGGUGCUGGGAACAACUCUAACUGUAAUGAAACUAGCACUACUAAUGAUACUAACAAGAGCAUGCCAAUGGUAAUUGACGCUCUGGAGUUGGCAUUCCAAGAACUAGAUUCUGAGGACAGUAUGGACGAAAGCAAAGCCAUGGAUGACUCCAAAGUUAGUGCAAGUGAGACUAAAACUGAGUCUGUCGACUCUAAAGUGGAUACACUUAUUGAUUUUGGCACUGAAAGUAAAAUACCUGAACCAGUGCCGCCGUUGUACGAGAACAUUGACAUCUUUUAUCAGAACAGCUCAGAUGGGGCUGGAGCCUUUCCACUAGAUAUGCCAACUAAUAUCUUGGAGCCACCAAAAGAGAAGCCUCCGCCACCGCCGACUGACGACGGUCAGGAGGACGAACUACUUGGAAAUGGCAACUUCAAACACACGAGCUCAGCGCGCCGCAUCAAGAAAGAAAUCCGCAACAAGCGCACCAGCUUCCUCGGCAUUGAAGGUCAAGUAGACGACAGCUAUCUGGACGCUGACCUGACCCUCGCUCCACGUCCUGAUAUCACCUCCUUCCUUCAAGAGGAGACGAAGAUCGAAAAGCUUCUGUACAAGAAGACGCUGUCCCACGAUAUGGACGCCAAGUUGAGGGAGAGCAGGGAUUCAGGAGUGGACGUGGACAGAGGACCAUCAGCUGAGGCCUGGUAUAAAGGGCAGUCGUCCCCGGAAACCUCCAGUCCGCAUAGCAGACAGAAUAGUGAGCCGUACACACAAAUGACAGUAACAUCUGACGAGGAGGAGUCAACGAAGAAACAGAAAGAGCAGACCUUCACCAACAACCUAAACACAAAGCUGACAGAACUGACAGAGUCCCCACAAACAGAUGACAAAAUAGACACGUUGGACAAAAAAAUACAGCAGCAACAGGCGUGUCGCAUUAACGAGGAUUGGCCUGACGGGCACGUUGACGAUGCUCAUACCAAGGAAGUGCUGCGAUUCGAAAGAGAACUGCUGCAGUUGGAACAAGAAGAACUGAGAAGGCAGAGGGAAAACCUUCUUAGAGACCAGAACAGGAUCAUCCAGAAGUCUGUCCAGGAUAUAUCUACAGUUCCAAAUACGCCAGAGAAGCCGCCUCUCCAAAGACCUGGGAAGUCGACUAAUCGGAACUACAGACACUCGAUGCCAAAUCUUUUGAUUAACGAGAGUUAUACUCCUGUGGUGCCAGCUAUUCCUGAAAGGCCAGCGUUUGAUGAGAACAUGAAAAGGAAGCCUUUUGUGUCAGAGGAGCAUAUUCAGAGGCAUUUUGGUGUUGAGGAGAGCAGAAAGGUUCUAUAUGAGGACCGCAAGAUUGGAGAGGCGGUGAGGAGACAGGUGCCGAGCGUGAGGCCGCCUCAACCGGUGCUUCCUCCGAAACCGAAGACCCGGGAGUCUAUUGAGAGGGAGAUUACUAUGAGAAGCAGUCGUGUGCCUUCAGCCGUGGAGUACGUCAACGUGGACCGGACAGCGGUCCAGCUACGCCAGAAGCCGGUGGCCAAUGGAAACGGCGCGCAGUACCACCCGAUGACCAGGCAUACGCUGCAGGCUCUCAGCGCGGCGCCGACGCCGAAGCUGAUCUCGAACGCGGACUGGAUGCAGGCGCGCCAGCCGCCGCGCAAGCCCGCUGCCUACAACUACAACCAGCACUGGCUCAUACAGGAGGCUGAACAGCGUAGGAUAGAGGAGUCCCGAAGCAAGCUGCGAGCCGGCCAGCGACACUCCUACCAUCAGGACAUGCCAGCGCCGCAGCUGCAAACUAUGCUGCCUCUUAGCACCAGCCAACAGCACCUCCCCACAGAGUUCAAGCGACCGCCCCGUUCGGAGGUCCGACCCGACCCGUCGCGAGACCGACCCGAGCCGCGAGACCGACCCGACCCGCCGCGAGACCGACCCGAGCAGAGGCCCGAGAGAGAGGACAAGAUGCUCAGCGUCAGCGGGAGGAGGAAGUGCUCGCAUUGCGGAGAGGAGUUAGGUCGCGGCGCCGCCAUGAUAAUCGAGUCGCUGUCGCUAUGCUACCACGUGUGGUGCUUCACUUGCGCGGUCUGCGGCGCGCGCCUGGGCGACGGCCGCGCGGGAGCAGACGUGCGCGUGCGAGCCAACCGCUUGCAUUGCUACCAUUGUUACUCAGGAGACGAUGGGAGAAAGUACUCUAGGGUUUAGGGCAGUGUUUCCCAAAGUGGGCGAUAACGCCCCCUUGUGGGCGCUGCAGGAUUAAAGGGGGGCGGUAAGAGACCCAGAAAAAAAAUCGGGACGUUGUGUAGAGGCUUGGGAGGCGUCAUCUACUAGGAGGACUCUUAGACACCGACUGAGCUCGACUCUUGACUACAAAAAUGGUUUAGGGAAUAAGGAUGAAAGUGGAAUUAGUGCGCGGGUAAAAGUUGGCUGCCGAAACUUGUCACCGCUAGUGUUUCUCCUCCGUCAUCAACAGCAGUACUCUAGAAUCUAGACCAUAAGGAUGAAAGUAGAAUUGUGCGGGGAAAAGUUCGCUGCCGAAACUUGUGACCGCCAUUUUUGUCCCGGCAUCGACAGAAGUACUCUAGAGUCUAGACCGUAAGGCUGAGAUUGCUACAGCUGGUUGUAAGUAUCGUAAUAUUGCUAUUAUUCUUUACUUGCGCGGGCGCAGACGUGCGCGUGCGAGCCAACCGUCUGCAUUGCUACCAUUGUUACUCAGGAGAUGAUGGGAGAAAGUACUCUAGGGUUUAGGGAAUAAGGGCGAGAUUGGAAUGGUUGGCUGCCGAAACUUCUAACUGCGGAGUACUUUAGAGUCUAGACUUUAAGGCUGAAAUUGCUAUAGCUAGCAGAUUUACUCGCGCGGGAGCAGACGUGCGCGUGCGAGCCAACCGCUUGCAUUGCUACCAUUGCUACUCAGGGGACGAUGGGAGAAAGUACUCUAGGGUUUAGGGCAGGGUUUCCCAAUUUUUUUUGGCAAGGAACCCUAAUUGAUUAUACUUUUCCUAGCGGAACCCCCGUACUACUCCGCCCGCACGCCCUGCCCCUCCCUUGUGCGGAAACAAGUCGGUGCGCGCGAACAACGUCGGUCACGAAACGUGGGACAAUAUUUUUUACGGAACCCUUUCGGCCUUUUCACGGAACCCUAGGGUUCCGCGGACCACCUUUCGGGAACCGCUGGUUUAGGGAAUAAAGCCCAUUUUCCACCGCCAAAGAGGAACGAACUAGGGAUGUCUAGCGGAGCAGUCUUCGUGUACAUAAAAUAGGAUUGCUUCUCCAUCGAAAAUGAGUUCGGGAGUGUUGAUUUGAUGAGCGAGCUUACUUUUAUUCUUUUUGCCCUCUUUGUCAUUUUCGCUCGACUCUUUGUUGAAAAGACUCGCUCUCGCGGAAAACCCGCGUAAGGCGAGAUGUAAAUGGCGCGGGCAUUUUUUGAGUAUUCAAACUUGUGAUCCCUUGCUACUGUCUAAGUACUAAGUACUGUCGAGUCUAGACAUUAGUCCCUAGGUACUACGGAUGAGAUUGCAAUAGAGCGGGCACUUGUUGACUGCCGAAACUUAUGACCGCUACUGUUGCUAGGCGGCUCUCGAAGGAUUAUGGGAGGAAGUUCUCAAGGGUCUGAAGGCUGAAGUUGCAAUAAAGUAACACAUCAUUGUUGUUAUCUAUUCAGCCUGAGCCAUCUUUGACUAUUAUGAUCCAACAUUGUACUGCCAUUAUAGGUAAGGCGUACGCUUCGUUUUCCCAAAUGCGGUCUCCGUUAAAAAACAUGUCGAACCCAUCGAUCAUACUAAAAGUUUUUAAGAUUAAGUGAAUCUUCUUGUCUUUGAGCUUCAAAGAGAUCUUUAAUGUCGUUUGUUAAUCGUAAACAAAAGAAGUGCUAUACCAGAACGAAUGUUCAAUUUAAAGUAAGCACUUACGAUCUGAAGAAAGAUCUAAAUAUUAGUUCAUAAACCAAUUUAAUAAUUUUAAGUUUACUCGGACAUGACCUCGACUCUGACCUUUCUAGAAUGAUCUAGAAGUAGACAAACCGCGAUAGUAAAUUAUUUACUACCGUGAUAUUGUCGUAUACCACUUCACGUCUCGGCGACUCAGCCUGAUCUGAGUCCGCUUUUGCACGAUCUACAUACCAAUUUUUGUAGAUAUUUUUUAUACACAAACAUACAAAAAUAUCUAAAAAGAUUGUAUAUUUUUGGUCACCACACUAAAUACCUUAUUCUUGUAUUAAAGACUACAUAUUUGUUAUAACGACUUGCUGGUUUAGGUCGAAAGCGUUACUCAAAGCGCCAUCUUGUUUUUUCAACGUUUUUCAUUUCGUUGUAACGUCUAUUGUAGUUGCAUUGCAUGAAGAAGCAAGAUUACUUGGACUCAAGCUCCUAGACUAUUAUUUACUACUUUUUUUGUGAUUUAUCAACAUUUGUCGUAUUUUGGAAUUCAAUCUUGUUUUAACGUUUGAGUUAUGAAGUUAUUGAUCCUUAACGCAAUAGAGUAAGGUUGCUAACUGUUCUAAACGUGAUUACUGGCAACUUUGAAUUCCAGAGUAUAUUUUUUUUGUUAUUUUGAUGUCAUCUGUUUUGGGGACUUAAAUAAGUGACGGUGUUAGUUUUAAAUAUCACGUUACUGUUCAUCUGUCAUGUAGUUUGUCACAGUAUUAGAACCCACUUUCUGUUUCUGACUAUUUUGUGCCAUGUCAUAUAACAUUCUUCAUUAUAUUUUAACGAGAAGUACACACAUCUGAUUGUUUUAAAUUAAAUUGUUUAUAUUAGGAUACACGUCUUUAUUUUAUGCGUCAAGUAUAUUAAGGCAGUUUUUAAUCAAAUAUGUGUAUUGAUAUAAAAAUGUCUAAUAAAAAUGUAUACUUGUAGCAUUAAAAUCUAUUUUCUUAGACAAUGCACAGUGUAUUUUAUCGUAUAAUAAAUAUUCGAAUAAACUGUAAUAUUUUGUAAAUAGUUUUAAUUUAUAUUUAGUGUGUUUAACGGUUAGCUUUAAUAGUUAGUACUGUAGUUUAAAACAUUUAAUCCAAAAACGUAUAUUGAACAUAAUUUCUAUGUAUAAUACUUACUUGAGAAAAAUAUUUUAUAUUUUUACAUCACUAUAGAGUAAUUUUGUAUCGAUCAUUUUAUCGGAACGUAUGUACCUAACGUAAAACAUAAUAAUAUAUGUUAUUUGUGAUUCUUGCGAAGACGGCUCUACCCUCUGACUUGUUGUAAUUAUGUUAGAAUUCUUAUGUACAUUGUAUAUGUAAGUCCUGGAUUGUGUAACAAUAAACAUUACAAAUCAUUA